AUGUGUUUGUCGUUCGGAAACUUCCCUGAACCGCUCUUGGCUGGGUAUAUCGUACAGGUUCUCAACGGACUACGGUUCUUGCACGAACAGGGAACUAUUCAUAGGGAUAUCAAGGGCGCUAAUAUUUUGACGGAUAAGGAGGGCAAGAUCAAACUGGCUGACUUUGGCGUCGCUACUCAGUCUGUUGUGGGUACUUUAUCGCGAGAUAAGUCGGUGGUGGGAACUCCGUACUGGAUGGCUCCAGAGGUAAUUGAGGUGAAUGGCGCUACCGCUGCCUCGGAUAUCUGGAGUUUGGGUUGUACGAUAGUCGAACUACUAACUGGCAAACCGCCAAAUUACCACUUGGAUCCUAUGAGUGCUAUGUAUGCUAUUGUCAGUAAAGAGAUCCCUCUUCCCGAGGGCAUUUCAAGCGAACUAAAAGAUUUUCUAUUAGAAUGUUUUCAGAAAGAUCCUAAUUUAAGAGUUUCUGCCAAGGCUCUGCAAAAGCAUCCUUGGCUCAAAAAGCAUUCUCCUUCUAUGGCAAGCUCUAAUACUAAGUACGAAGAAGCUAUCAAAACUGUUAAGAUACACAACUCACCUAAGAGAGCGACUAGUACUACUCUUGGUGAUGAUAUAUUCUCACCAGUACCUCGAGCAGAAGGUGGUAAGAGGCAAUCUCCAGUUCGUAACUCGCUAUUUAAUGUCUCACCUGCCAAAAGGCGGACAUCGCUUGUUCAGAAAGGAGAUCCACCACUGGCGAAAAACCUAGCUAAACAAUUUUCCGAAAACUGGCAUGACGACGACGAUGAGUUUGCUGAUUUAGAGGGUGAUUUAAAUGCCGACAGGCUUCAAGCGGUUCUAAGCAGCAAGUUUGCUUCCCGACAGCCUCCUAAACCCGAUUUUAAACUGGAAUCAGAGCCGAUGCAGCGCCAGACGUCACAGACGUCGCAGGUUUCGCUAGAGUCGCAAUUAUCUGAUAUAUCACUGACCGACGAGUCUAGAGUUAGUCAGUCAAACGGCAAAAGUCGGUCCUCUGACAUCCAUGGCUAUGCAGAGACUAAUGAAAACGACUAUACUAAUGAUUUUGAGGACGUCGGUACUUUUGAUACCAUGGCAUUAUCACCAUUCAUCAAAGAAAGUCCUGAUAUUAGAGGUCAGUCGACGAAAGAGUCACCACCUUCUGUUCAAGAACCGCCUCCAAGUGCUGCUGUGUCGAUGGAGAGUACGACUACUGCCGACACUGAUAACCCGUUUCUAAAAAUCGAAUCGGAGGAUGUCGUGGAAGCAGAUCCCGAACUGCGAAUGGCUCAUACAAGAUUAGAACAGGUGAUAUCAACUAUGGAGAAUGCGUCUAACUCGGCUGAUUUGAAAAACACCACUGAAGAACUGCUAGACAUUCUUCGCAAUUUUCCUGAGACGAGAACCACUUUUUUCAAGUCCAGUGGUCUCUCACUUGCAUACACAGUUCUAAGAGACUCCACUAGCAAGACAGUGGUAGUGAAUAUAGUUCAUCUGCUGCUUGUUAUAGCCAAAGACGAGGCCAAUGCAAAUGCACUCGAUGACUUUUGGCUUCUCGGCGGCAUGCAAGUGGUUAUAAGACUACUGUCAAGAAGAAAAAUAUUCCAAGUUAGAAGUGGAGCUGCCACUCUUAUUGAACAGUGCUGCAAUGACAGUCUUCUGUCGUUGCAAUCAUUUAUGGCCUGUGGUGGUUUAAAAUAUCUGUAUGAACUUCUCGAAGAAGACUGCCAAAAAGAGCGAGUUCUAGUUAGAGUUGCUCUGACUAUGUUGAAAGAGAUCUUACAAACUAUUACAAGCUCUGUUUUACGGAAAAGCAUAUACAAAAACCUAUGUGAGGACGGUGUUAUGAACUCACUCGUCAGCAUACCAGGACCUAACAAUGCAUCCAAGGACCUCGUGGACUUGACUCUCAACCUAUUACUUAGCAUGUCACAAGACUCCAUCGUAAGAGCCAACAUUGGUCUCAACUACGGCAGAAAACUUCUGUCUAAAUACGAUAAAGUACAAGAACAGAAAGACAAACUGAGCAUAUUAAAAUUCGUUAAAAACAUUUCACAAGAACAAUCGCAUCUAGAACCCAACCAGGAAGUCAGUAUUAUCAGCCUGCUCGUCACUAUACUACAACAGGCGACCGACAAGGCAUCGACUGCCAUCAAGAAGGACGUUCUGAAUCAGGCAGUCCCGGCAUUAUUCAACAUCUGUCGAUUAAACGGAAGUCGGCAGGAGAAAGCAGCCGAAUUCGGACUGGUUCCUAUUCUGACGAAUAUACUACAAGACACCAGUAUCCAGAGUCGAGACAAUGUUCGACAGCUCGCUCUACAAAUGCUAUGUGACAUGACUCACGCCGGAAAAUUAUCGCGUGAAGAGCUCAACCGGAACAACUGCCUAGAACUUCUCCUGACCUACGUGCCAGACCCAUACUGGCAGCGAGACAUAUACGACGCACUUGGCGCCUGGCUCAGAGGCGAUAUCAACAUACAGCACAAACUGGCCACACCACCGGCAGUCGACACCCUUCUCGACGGACUCAAAACAAACAUCAACGGCAUCAGCUACGGCGACCUCAUGAACUCGUUCGGGUCCAUGAUCCGUCUAAGCCCCCUCCUGUGCAAAUCCAUGCCACUUUCGAAAUUCUACUCCAUCAUCCGAGGAGGCCUCCUCAGCACCGACCCGCUCGUCAUCGUCAACGUCCUCCGAGUCCUCAACAUCGUGGUCGAAACUACCGGAGCCACCGUCCUCGACGCCAAACUCCGCGACCAGCUCAAAAAGCACGCCAAAACGAACAACUCAAAACUCGCGAGACAGCUCGCGUCAGACCUGCUAGGUCCUGGGGUGUGA